AUGGGUGGCUCCGUGUCUAAGAUGAUGGGCAAGAUCUUUGGCACCAAGGAGAUGCGCAUCCUGAUGCUGGGUUUGGAUGCGGCCGGCAAGACCACAAUUCUCUACAAAUUGAAACUCAGCAACCAGGACGUCACCACCAUCCCGACCGUCGGCUUCAACGUCGAGAGCGUCACCUAUAAGAAUGUCAAGUUCAACGUGUGGGACGUCGGCGGCCAGGACAAGAUCCGGCCCCUCUGGCGACACUACUACUCCGGCACCCAAGGUCUGAUCUUCGUGGUGGACUCCAGCGACACCGCGCGGCUGGAGGAGGCCCGCUCUGAGCUGCACAAGAUUAUCAACGAUCGGGAAAUGAAGGACGCCCUCCUGCUGGUGUUCGCUAAUAAGCAGGAUGUUCCAGGCCACUUGAGCCCGGAGGAUAUCACCAACCAGUUGCAGUUGACAAAGCUUAAGGACAAGCUGUGGUACGUCGCGCCGAGUGUUGCGACGGACGGAACGGGUAUCUUCGAGGGACUGGCCUGGCUUUCGAACAAUGUCAAGACCCAACCGCAGAAAUAA